AUGUCCAGAGCAGAGGAGGUGUGCCCAGUGCCUGAGCGGGAGGGGGAGCCUGCAGCGGCCUGUGCUGGGGGCCCUUCUGAAGGCAGCGAAGCAAAGAGCAAAGUGAGCCGCUCCUCCCGGGCUGGGCUGCUCUUCCCUGUGAGCCGCAUAGACAGGCUGCUGCGCAGAGGCCGCUUUGCCAAGCGCAUUGGAGCCGCAGCCCCCAUCUAUCUGGCAGCCGCACUGCAGUGCGUGGCGCAGCACACCGUGGAGGUGGCUGGGAAGAUUUCCAAGGAGAGCAAGAAGCAGCGCAUUUCUCCACGGCACUUGCAGCUGGCUGCGCAAAGCAGCCCUGAGCUCAAGCAGCUCCUGAGAGGUGCACCCAGGCGCCAGGGGAGUGCUGUUCCCCACAGCCAGCCAGUGGCCUCACCUCUGAAUAAGAAGAAGAAGAGGAAGA